CCCUUCGAUCCACAAAUCCCCAAAACCAACAGCAGCCCUCCGCUUCCGUGUUGUGCGGCUCUCCUUCCUCUACCCAACCAUUCCACGCCCACCAACUCGUUUUUGGUGGAGGAAGAAAGAUGGGGGCGCUCGAGGAUGGGCGGUUCGAUCCGGAGAUACCGGCGAUAGCCAUCGGAGGAAAAGGAGGAGAGUUGGGGACGGGAACUAUCGAGGAUCAUGUGAGGGUGCUGCUUAAGGGGCUAGGGGAGGAUCCCGAGAGGGAGGGGCUCAGGAAGACGCCGAUGCGGGUAGCCAAGGCUUUUCGAGACGGUACUAUAGGUUACAGGCAGAAAGUGAAAGACAUUGUACAAGACGCUCUGUUUCCUGAAGCUGGCUUGGAUAAUGGAACUGGUCAAGCCGGAGGUGCUGGUGGGUUGGUGGUAGUCCGAGACAUCAAUCUAUUCUCUUUUUGUGAGUCAUGCCUGCUUCCCUUCAGCAUCCAAUGCCAUGUUGGCUAUGUUCCUUCAGGAAAAAGAGUUGUAGGUCUCAGUAAGCUUUCUAGGGUUGCCGAUAUUUAUGCGAAAAGGCUUCAAGAACCAAAAAGACUGGCCGAUGAAGUUUGUUGGGCAUUGCAGAAUAGCAUCAACCCUGCUGGUGUUUCUGUUGCCCUACAGUGUUGGCAUAUUCGGUUCCCAGAAGUCUUCAAAUGCAAUCCAAAUCCAAGCCAUCCUUCCAGAUCUACUAUGCAAGGCUGGGUGAGAACCACAGUCUGUUCGAGUACUGGGAUCUUUAAUGACAAGAACAGCUCGUUGUGGGAUGAAUUUCAUGGUCUUCUGAAAUUAAGAGGUAUAAAUUUGAGUGAUGCAGGGUGUUCUUCAAUUCACUCGUGGUGUCCAUCAAUGUCUCUUGAUCUAACUGAGUGCCAUGGAAACAUUUCAAGAAGCAAUUUUCCAAUUGGCAAGGUUUCUUCCCAGUCUGCCAUGGUAGCUGCAGUGUCUUCAAUUCUUCAGUCACUUGGUGAAGAUCUCUCGAGAAAAGAGCUUUUUGGCACCCCAUAUCGAUAUGUGCAUUGGCUGAUGAACUUCAGGAGAUCCAACUUAGAUUUUAAGCAGACUAAGUUUACUAUCAAUUCAGCCCAUUCGUGUGAAAAGGUAAACGGGUAUAUUCACAGUAAAGAUGAGAUCCAUUCAGAACUGAAUUUUCCAUUCUGUGCUCAGUGUGAACAUCAUCUCUUACCCUUCCAUGGUGUAGUUCACAUUGGUUUCUUCCAUGAUGGACCUAUUGAUAGAUCUGCAUUGCAAUCAAUUGUUCAUUUCUAUGCUUGCAAGCUUCAAGUGCAAGAAAGGCUUACAAGACAGAUUGCAGAAGCCGUCUAUUCUUUUCUUGCAAAGGGAGUAAUGGUGGUUGUUGAAGCAAAUCAUAUAUGUAUGAUAUCGAGGGGGAUCGAGAAGGUUGGAAGCAGCACAGCAACAAUGGCGAUGAUGGGUCAGUUCACCACAGAUUCUACAGCCAGGGCUUUGGUUUUGGAAGCCAUAUCAAUGAGUACUGCUACCGGAGGUUAAUGGUUUUUCCUUCUUUGAACCUUCAGAAUUUUGAUAUGAAUAUAUUCACUCUCUCUUUUCUCUGUCACUGAGUGUUUGGUAGAGUUCAGUUUGAUAAAUUGAGGUUAUGUCAGCCAUUAUUGCUGGGAUCAAACAAGAUAUGCAUAGAAGAUUCAUGAAAUUUACAGGGCAUGUACACUAUGUUCUAUUUUUUUCUUAGAAAUUUAUUAUUUUUGUUCUAGAUAGAAAGAAAUGUAUGAGGUUUCUAUGUUACAUUUUGGUGGAACAUUCUUUGUUAGUCUUCCCCACAAGUUUUUGUAUGAGAGGAACUUCUUUAUCAUGAUAAAAA